AUGUUCAAAACAUCCGUUCUAUUAGCCUGUUUGGCAUUUUCGACCAUCGCUGCUGACGGAAACUACUUCCAAGUGCUAAUUAGGGAAAUUGACAAUCCAGCAGGAACAGUGAAAAAUGGCCAGCCAUGCAGUAAUUUUGGAUUUUUGGGAGCUGGGUGCAACACUUAUAUGAAAGCAGUUGCUACAGCAAGUGGGACCAAUCUCUCAGAUGUAAAUUUACCUGAUGCAAUUCAAAUAAACACAAAUAUGGAGACAAGAGUUUCAAACUUAAAUUUUGUGGUCUCUGAUGAUUAUGUUAAUUCAGUUGAUGCAUUCACUGGAUUCGAUCUGCGUGUGGUUCUUGGCACUGAUUCAGAUUGCACCAACAUCAUUGACGACUACAUCAUUCAUGUUUCAUCAAACCAGGAACAAGGAGUUUAUACUUACACAAGCCUUCGAGAUGGAACUCUCGCUACAACAAUCUCAAUCGCCUGGUCUACCAAUAUCGCUCCACAAAGCACCACUGCCACACCAGAACCAACCACAACUGGAGUUCCAUUCACAGGAUCCACCGCAGUACCAACUACCACACCAAGACCACCAGUCGAUUGCUCGGAAGUCGUCAAUGUGACUUCUGGAGUUCAAAAAAUUUAUCCAGAUGGAACUACUCCGGUGUCUGUUUAUUGUGAUCAAACUUCGUAUGGAACAUACACUGUUAUUCAGAGCCGUGGAGUAAUUGGACAGAACAUCACCUUCGACUUCCCAUCCGUAUCUAACUACUCUGCUGCUUUCGGAGAACCUGGAAUAGGAAAUAACUAUUGGUUCGGAUUGGAUAAUAUGCAUGUUUUGAGUGGAGUGAAACCAUACGCCCUACAAAUUGAUCUGUGUUGUGGAACCAAGUUGAUUGCUAAGCAAAUUUAUCACAACUUCAAGAUUGAUACUGCCGAGAAAUUUUACAAGUUGACAGCAGUUGCUGAUAUUUCUGGAGUCGGACUUGAUUAUUCAAAUUCCGGAAAGGAUCUCGCAGCGGCCUUCUCUACUUCCACAGAAUGGCAUGGACCUAAAGCACAUGAUUCGUGUGAUCAAUUCGAAUUCUACGAUGAUGACUCUUCAAUUGACCCACCUCCACAGUCCAAGCCAUACGGAGGAUGGUGGUAUGGAAGUUGCGGAAACAACAUGAACGGAUUCUUGUAUCCAUCAAGAAGUGGCAAUUGCACUGUUCCUCUCGAAAUAUUCGAUGCAAACGGAAUGUUGGGAGUGAAUAUGAGAACAACACCAGGACUGGGAUUCAAUGGAUAUGAUGUCGAUUUGCAAUCCUACGAUCGUGUUCGUAUGGCUCUCUUCACUUUCGAUUCAUCCACAAUCGAUAGAACAGACUCGUCUUUCUGUAACUAA